AACCUAAUUCUUGGUUAGGGUUAUCACUUCAUACUACUGAAGCCAAAAAUUUUUUUGAUCACAUGUAGAAGCCUGCCACUAAAAAGUUCGUGAGCGCAGCAUUAGAAGAUUUUGAGCAUAAAAGUCUAUGGCACGUAAUAGGUAAACUUAGUAGGUGUCAGGACAAAAGGACAGAUUAGCCAAAAUGGAAGAAGAACGUGUACCAAUAUCAACAUCAAAUGGAACAGCAUCCAUUGAAUAUACAAAGUCAAAUUUUGAAGUUCAUAAUUUUGCCACAGAAAUUGCUGAAACACCUGUACAUUUCCAAGUUUUGAAGAUGGAUAACAGUGUGUUCCUAUGGAUAGGUUCAGGGACAGAUCCAACAUUCAGUGACUUGGGAAUGGCAUUAAACUCGAGCUGUGACAGAUUGCCUCUGUUUACAAGACUUAUGGGAUCCAACACUGACAUGACGUCAUUGAACAUUGCCUGUCGAUUAUCAAAGAAGUUAGAAAGAGCAGUAUAUGUGAGCUACAAUCUGCCAUCUGACAGACUGAUCUUGCCAGCUGUUGAAAAACGACUACAAGAGGAAGUUACGGCACAUCCUGAAAAGUUUGGUAGUAUCUGAUUUUUACAAAUGUGAGGAAACUGUGCUUGGUAUUGGAUAAUAUGCAGAAACUGCAUUAUGGGUGUGUUCAAAUAUGGUCUUUGUCUAGUGGUGCAAUACAGAAGUGCGUGAUGGACAUUAUAUGCCUUCUCCCCAACCAGUGUCGAGGAUGUAGGCAGGUUGUGAGGAAGUCAGUCACAUAGAUCUCUGUUAGGGGUGAGAAGAGAUAAACCCAAAUGGGCAGGUAGCAGGUUCCUCCAAAACAUUGGUAUAGACAGUGUCGUGCAACUUCGAACAAGGCCCCGCAUUCCUAGUCAAA